CAAAUUCCUACUUGGUGUUUGUCGCCGCCUCCAUUUCGGCGCGCAAUUGCGCGCGCUCCGCCUGCUGGCGGACAUCUUGCGCGAUGCAGGUACCUGGCCCUGAAGCGUCACGCAUCGCCAGCAUCUUGCGGGCGCAGGAUGUUUGGCCAGAGGCCAUGAGCUCCAUGGAUCUCGCCCAUCGACUGGCGACACAGCAACGACAGCUGGUGGACUACAAGAUGUCCAGUGCCUUUCCCUGCUUGACGACGCCGCCCUCCGCCUUGGUUCAAAUUCCUUUGGCUGGCUCAGCAGAUACCAAGGUCUCCCAAUUGGCGGAGCGUGUCUCAGUGCUGGUGGCCUCGAUGCAGAAGCGCUGCGACGAGGAUAAGGAGGAGCUGGAGCAACAGAUGGAGAAGAUCCACGCCCGUCUGGAGGCCCGGCUGGGAGCGUUGGAGCGUGGUGAGGACGGCUCGCUGGGUCGCGAAGCCACGUGGCUACGCGAGGCCAGAGGAAUGGUCAGCGCCGCCUUGACUGAGGCACAGGCGCAAUGGCGCCAAGAGUUCGCACAGCUCAAAGGUGAGCAGCAGCAACAACUGGAGUUGCUUGAGGACUUGGCGGGUGUGUCUCGACACAGCGGCACCCGCCUGGAAAAGGUCGAACGUGGUUUGGCAGCACACGAGCGCACCAUUCGACGUGCUGAAGAACAUUUAAAGGCACUCACCCACCAUGGCCCGCAGUACAGCCAACUGGAAGGUGCCCUGUUGAACUUGGAGCGGCAGGUGAAUGAGCAACAGGUGGCUGUUGAGGUUCAAGUCGCUCGCCUCCAGGUGGAGUGCGAUGGCCUCCGCCGCCGCUCAGAGGCCAUCGCCCACACCCGCGAGGAACUCGUGGAGGCAGUUGAGGAGCGACUUGCUAGGGCUACCGUGUCAGAGCCAAGGGCUGCACCCCGAGAUGACAGUCGGCUGCUCCAGCGCUGCGACGACUUGGAUGCGCGGUUGGCAGCGCAAAAGGUCCAUGUGGAGGCACAUGAGCAGCGCUUCAAAAGCUUUGCAGAGCGCUUGGAGGCGGUGCAGAUGGAGCUCUUCGACCAGCUACGGAGCUUCGGGGUGCAACGUCGCGAGGAGCUGCUGCAGGAGGUGGAUGGGCAACUGCGUGUCCUCCGCGAGCGCAUGGAUACCUUGAGUGAGCUUUUGGACGAGAUCAUGCUUCGCCAGGCUGUGGAGGGCCGAAAGGGUCACUUCGUGAGGCCUUUGCCCCGGUUGCACGAGGAACUUUGAUGCCCAGCUGGGGACCAGCCAUCCUGGUGUUUUGGCGGCGCCGCCCAGACUUGGGCCUCGAACUCGGCCUGGCGAUGGCUCCCCAAGGAACCGUCGGACUGCAGAGGAGUUCGACCCCCCCGGCUGCAUGGCUUGUACAUUGGAGAGCACACAUUGGGAAGACCUUUGAGAGCUUCCCCAAAUGAAGGACGACAAAUCACCACUCU